CAAAUGGUGAUGGUUAUCAAGGCACCCCCAGAGACCCAGCUGCAAGUCUCAGACCCAGCAGAGGCUUUCCAGGUCUCUGUGAAAAGCACUCAGGGCCCCAUCGAUGUGUUCCUCUGCCCCGAGGACAGCUCAGGGGUCUGCAGCCCUGUCAAGAGCCCCUUCAAGGCACCUGCUGAAGAGUUGUCCCCUGGCUCAUCGCAGCAGAGAGCCUCCCCGCUCCUGCAUCCUGUCCAGGAUGUGAAUAUGCUGCUGGCUGGUGAGCAAGAGGCACUGCUGCCAGGCACAGCGCUGCCCUCCAAGUGCCCCACGGAGGAUGUGAGCUUGUCGCCGCUGGCCUCCGUGGACACACUCCUGGAGCAGGGCAAGGACGAUUUGUCGGGCUUCCUGGCGGAUGAGUUCAUUGCACUGUCGCCACCACAGCCACAGGAUUACCACUUCGGCCUGGAGGAUGGUGAGGGCAUCAGUGAGCUCUUUGACUGUGACUUUGGGGACUUCACGCACUUGGACUUCUGAGGUUCUGUCCUGAUUUCUGAAGCUGCCCCACUGCCAAGGAAAUGUGGGCAGGGCUGAGGACAGCCACAUGGUGCCCUGUGCCUUGGCGUGGCUCUGGUGCCUUCCUUGGGUCCCUGUGCUGCAGCAGCUCUGGGACCCCCUCCAUCCGUCCCCUCUGCAAUAUUUUCUUCCUUCCCUUCUGGCAUCUCCGCGCCGCGAUGGGACAGAGCCCAACUUGGUGCUUGAGCCCUCACAGGGGGCUGCUCCUGUCCCAGGAGGAGGAUGCUGGGGAGCAAGGGGUCCCCAUUGGGUGCCCCUCACUGCGGGCCAGCCGCAGGGUGCCCAUGGCAGAGCUUUAAGCAGUCCUGUGUAUAGAUCGGAUUAAUUUAUUAUUGUUCCCUGGGG